AAGAAAGAGAAUAUAUCUCACCAUCUAGAAAGAGAGAAACAAAGAGAUGAGGAACCAGAGGCUAGCUCCUAUCACUUGCUCCUCUUCAAAGACCAACAACACGAAGCGAGAGGAGCCACACCUCUCAGGGGCUUACAUUAGGAGCCUUGUGAAGCAUCUUAGCUCCACAUCUACGGCGAGAUCCAAAGACCACCAUCACAUCGCCAUGGGCACCAAAUCGCACCAAGAAGAGCAACAAGCCCCACAAACCACACCACCAUCUCUACAGCAGCAGCAGCCACACAAGAAGCAGGUGAGGAGGAGGCUCCACACGAGCAGGCCAUUCCAGGAGAGGCUACUCAACAUGGCGGAGGCGAGGCGAGAGAUCGUUACCGCUCUCAAGAUCCACAGAGCAUCCAUGAGAGAAGCCAAGGAGCAGCAGCAACAUCAACAACUUGUGCAACAAUUGCAGCAUCAGCAAGAGGUCCAGGUAGUGCAAGAUCAUAGGGUGGCUUUUAGUGCACCCAGCAUGAGCUCAUAUAGUUCUUUCUCAGAUUACUUGCACAGCAGUUCCCCAUUCGCACACACCACAGCAACAAGCAACAGUGGUUCCUCAUAUUAUUCAUCUCCUCCACUUCUCCCUUACCACACACCAGUAGUUGCACCCAUGGUUCCCAUGGUAGAUGCCUUAGAUCAGUUUCUGCCGCUGCCUACGCAGCCACUAGGGCUCAACCUCACCUUCGAUGGCUUUGGUGGUGGUGUUGCUGCCGAAGAUGCCAAGAACUGCACUGCUACUGGCCCCUUUGAUCCUCCUUCGUUGGUCCAACAAGCAUCACCCGCCUCCUCCUACUCUGUCUACUCCUCUCCGCCGCCGGCAACGAUGGUGAGCCAGGACAUGGCAUCCGUUGCUGCCGAGAACACCUCACAGUCGUUGCACCGGGUGCUGGACGAGGAGGAGAUGGCCGCGAUCCACUCGGCCGGGGAGCGGCAUGACAUCGAGUGGAGCGACACUGUGAACCUGGCCACGUCGGCGUGGUGGAGCAGGCUACUCGAGAGUGUGGAAGGCGACGGGGCCACGGCGGCGCAGCAAGCUAACACGGUGGACGCCAUGGGGAUGCAUCUGAGUGAUGAGUACUACGGCCAAGACGUGUCCUUUCCAUGUAUGGACAUCGGAGAGAUCAAAGGAUGGGACGCCCAGUGGUUAUCAUGACAUGCCGUCCAUCAUAUCUUAGGGGAGAAUUAACACUUGAACAUUUCACUGUACUCCCUCCGCUCCUAAAUAUAAGUCUUUUUAGAUUUCAAAUGGACUACAACAUGCGGAUGUAUGUAGACAUAUUUUAGAGUGUAGAUUCACUCAUUUUGCUCCGUAUGUAGUCACUUGUUGGAAUCUCUAGAAAGACUUAUAUUUGGGAACGGAGGGAGUACCUCGAAUAAUGGAAAUUAACGCUCCAUUUCAUCACAAGUAUAGUAUGCAGCAGUUACUCCUAUUCGGAUUGCAAAUACUUUUGCUUCGUGGAUGCAAAAUGCUUUCUUUCCUGCAUGUUCUGGGUAACUUUUGGAUCUCUACAAUUUCUGUUUUUGCUAUGACUUUGCCGUAGUUUGGUAGGAUCCUCACCGAACAACUAGUUAGCUAGGUCCGCAGGGACUGAUGCACGGAUCUGUAUGCUAAUGUGUGCAUAUUAUGAUCAAUGCAAGAAUUGACCACUCUAGCCGGCACUCAGCUAGAGAUCUACUACUAGGAUUCAUGCAAAUUUCUCGACUUUACUGCAACGAAUCGAAGUUACUACUUUGAGCCCAAA